AUGAAUUUAAAGAAAAUUGAAAGUGAAGUUGCUCCAAAACGUUUGAAUUUUGUCAGUCUUUCACAAAAUGAUGAGAUCAAGGUCAAGUAUAACGUUGAAGUACUGAAUCGUUGUCAGUUAUUGACAAAAGAUGUAUAUAAACUUAAAUAUGAAAUAUUUAAAGAUGCCCUCAAAGAAUCAGCAAAAAAUGUUAUACCUGUGAAGAAAACAAGAAAAGAGGCAAAGGAGAAAUGGUUAAAUGACAAGUGCGAAAUCAUUGAAAAGAUCAAAAACGGUAAUACAAAUGCAAUGUAUAAAAACAUCAAAGAAAUCACUGGAAAUAGAGCUUGUGCCAUUUCUGGAUGCAUAAAAGCUAAAUCCGGUGAAGUAAUCUUAAAGAAAGAAAAAGUACUUAAAAGAUGGACUGAAUUUAUUAACGAUCUUUUUGAUGAUAUCCGUGGUGUAAAGCCUCCUAUUAAAAAAAAACGUAGAAGGACCAAAGAUGCUUAG